CGCAAGGGCUGGAGCAGCCGGAGCGACGAGCAGUCUAGCGGCUGCGCGCUUCUCAACCUACCGACGGAAAGCUCAAAGCUCGAGAGGACCCGGCCUAGCCCCGCGGAACUGGUGGAAUGAGUCUGAGACCUGCAGAUGAACAGACAGAGGCCUAAAGACCCCAGGAACGGCUCCGCCUUCCUGUUCCUUGAUCCGUCUAUCAGUGAUCACAACCUACAGUGACCUCUCCCGGCCCCAAGCUGCCUGGAGACAAGAAUGACUGAGAGGUCCACCAGCAACUGGAGCCCAGGCAGCUGGGUGCUAGCACUGUGCCUAGCCUGGCUGUGGACGCGUCUAGCCUCUGCUUCUUUGCAGCCUCCAACAUCCACAGUUCUAGUGAAGCAGGGCACCUGCGAGGUGAUUGCUGCCCAUCGCUGCUGCAACCGGAACCGCAUCGAGGAACGCUCCCAGACGGUCAAAUGCUCCUGCCUUUCUGGACAGGUGGCUGGCACUACAAGAGCAAAACCCUCCUGUGUGGACGCCUCCAUCGUCCUGCAGAAGUGGUGGUGUCAGAUGGAGCCCUGCUUGUUGGGGGAGGAGUGUAAGGUGCUCCCGGACCUGUCAGGGUGGAGCUGCAGCAGUGGACACAAGGUCAAAACCACCAAGGUCACACGGUAACUCUCGGAGGUCAUGGCUUAGGCAGGACAGCCUCGACUGAGCUCUGGACUGAAGAAUGGCCUCUGGUCAACAGACAGCAGAGAGGAGGACUCACUUACCUGGACAUGUGUCCAUGUCAAAUGUAACAUAGACCUGCCAGGGCCCUGUUAGUCACACUGUUCAGCAGAAAUACUUGUAUCUUUGGCCACACACUUGAAAGACCUGUGCUCUCCUAUGAACUAAGGACAACACACAAACCUGUCCCUAAGAAUUAUCUUGUCAAGUUAGGGAGUGGAUGACAGACAGUUUCAACUGUUAAAAGUGUUUGGUAUCAUGGCUUCUGAGCUACCUGCAGUAGGGAUGGUGGGGUGGGGUGGAUGAAAUUUUCAAAGAUCUUCCACUAUCCCCUGAUCACAGGACACAAAGUCAUUAGGUCACACCAGUCCUUCCCAUCCUGGCCUUCCCAUCAAACCUGCAUCUCCAGCAAAAUGCUAAGGUGUGAGGGAAAAACACUGUCCCCUGAUGCCAGUGGGAUCUCUUUUGGACAUUACUAGAAAGUAGAGAUGCGCCGGGUGGUGGUGGCGCACGCCUUUAAUCCCAGCACUUGGGAGGCAGAGGCAGGCGGAUUUCUGAGUUCG